GACAGGCGAUAACUUAGCCAUCAUUCAGUUUCUCUAUUUGUAUGGCCAUGUGAAGUACUGUUUGGUUCGAGAUAAUAGCAUUUCAUGGUCGGACAGUAAAGACAAGUUUAUCAAGUCGAUCGGUACGGUAUUGUCAUAUCAAAAUGGGCAAUGGAAUGAAUAAGAUUAUUCCUGGCCUUUAUGUCGGGAAUUUCAGGGAUUCUAAGGAUCCAGAGCAGCUGGAAAAGUACAAAAUAACACACAUCCUGUCUAUACAUGAUAAUGCCAAGAAAAUCCUUGAGGACAAAGAGUACCUGUGUAUUGUAGCCAGUGAUACUCCGGACCAGACUCUCACCAAGUUCUUCCCUCAGUGUAUAGACUUUAUCCAUGAGGCUCGGCUCAAAGGUGGCAAUGUUAUUGUUCAUUGUAUUGCUGGAGUGUCCAGAAGUGUGACAGUGACUGCUGCUUACAUCAUGACGGUCACCAGUUUUGGCUGGAGAGAUGCUCUGAAUGCCAUACGUGGAGCACGAAGCUGUGCCAAUCCCAAUUUUGGUUUCCAGCGACAGCUACAACAGUUUGAAACUGACUUGGUGGAAAAGGAACGAAAGAGGGUAAAGGAGAAAUAUGAUCCCAGUCCGUAUGAUGAUGAGAUGGAAUGUCGCGCCCUGCUCACCGCCUUCAAGAAGUUUGUACUGUAUGGUGAUACUAAGGACAAGGACGACGGCCUUUACCCUUUACCUCCCAACGCAUACAAGUCACGGGACAAAUCACCUCCUAAAGAUUCACACAAAGAUGAUAAAAGCAAAACAACUAACUACACAAAAUAUGCUGAAAAGGCUGCAGUACAAAAGAAAUUAUCGUGACGCCACUGUCAGGAUUUCUCUGAUGAUGUUUUACUGUGGGAUACAGAUAAAACCAGUUAAAGAAGUCCUAUCACAAUGUAUCUUUGGAGAAAGAUACAGAGAAAUAAUCAGAUAUGUUGAUUUGAUGUUUAGUAGUGUACUCAGUCUAGCUGUAAUGUUUAGAGGUAUAGAAAACUUGUUGUGUUUGUAAAAACCCCCAUGUGUCAAAAUAUGUAUAUCAUAUAUAUAAACUAGCAUAUUUAACCCACUAAAUACACAUACAACAUUACAUUAAAUGUUUAGAAAUUGAUUUAUGAAACAUUUCAAAUACUCUUGAUUAUGAUUUGAAGAAUUCCAUCAUUUAUAAUACAUGUAUUAUAUUUUCUCUGAAAUAUUUAUAUUGAAUUUGCCAAUUGUUUUACCCUUCCCUAAUUAUUGGCAGUUUAAUUACAUACAUACACACAUAUGUAGAUAUAUAUGUAAAAUUGAAGAAAACAUUGUCCAUACCAGGUUUUUGACAGCGAAAUUUCAAAAUGCAAUAAAUCGUUUGAUGAAUUUCUUUGUAUAUGAAUUUAGAUAACCUGUCUAAAAUAUCUAAAAUCUAUUUUGCUUUAUUAUGAGUACAAGUGUGUACAGAUAGUUUUGCAAAAUUCACCAUAUAUAUAUCACAGUUCAAAAGUUUGGUAUUAAAGUCCGUCUAAUUUGGAAAAGUGCUCACCCAGUUUGAUACACAGUCAGUCUCAAUGAGAAAAGUAUCUUAUUAACUUACAUUAUGUAGUUAAUUCGGUGUUGAAGGAGUAAAACACCCCAUCCGAUAGAAUUUGAGUAACUCAUAUCUAAAUGUAAUACCACAUAUAUUCUAAAGGUCACAGAAAUUAGAGGGAUGCAUGAUGUACGUCCAUUCAUCUUUCUAUCCGUCCAAUUAUUGUCAGUCUGAUCAGCUAUAGAUAUUUUGUUGACAAUAUUUACAUAUUAUCACUGAAUAAUUUGUCUCAACUUCAGGUCAAAGUCACAUUAAUAAGUGGAAUGUCAACAGAAUUUAAUCAAAAUUAUAUCUGGCCAGUAACUUCUAAUUGACUGCCGUUGUUUGGAGCAAACUUUAUACACACACAUAUUACAGUAGGUACCACACACAUUCUGUAUUUAAUGUUUUCAGGUUUGUAAGGUAAAGCUAAGGUCAAGGGUAUGAAGAGAGGUCAAUUUGAAUGCUUUCCAUGGCAAUGUACCGUGUGAAUGACUGAAGGUAUGAAGAGAGGUCAAAUUUGAAUGCUUUCCAUGGCGAUGUACCAUGCGAAUGACCGAACUUGUUCUGGGGAAUCUUAAUGUUGGAUGUGGUAUUGUUGUCAUAUACCAACCCAAGGUUUAUAUGCUGAAGUAACAGCAAGGGUAGUAGUGUCCCAGCUCCAACCCCUGUUCAGGGUGGAGUAAUGCUUCAUUAGUAAAACUUAAUGAAUUUAUCAUGAUAAACUUAAUGAAUUUAUCAUGAUAGGACUGUGUAAGUGUAUGUCGGGAUGUCUUCAUAAUUUUGUGGAAAUUACAGCGGACUACAAUCACAGCAUUGACUCUGACUUUGUAUGAAUUAUACCACACAUAUAUUGCCAAUAAAGUCUUCAUGUUGAUGAUACUCAGGAAAUUUUGAUAAACAGAUGGUGUCUAAUAUAUUGUUAUGUCAGUUUUACAUGGCAAGUUUUUGAUAAGGGGGUGGGAGGGAAUAAAGAUUUGUUUAAAUUACAGUUUUUGUAAUGUCAAUUCAGGUUACUUAGGUCUUUGCUUUGUAUGUGCUAUACAUUCUUAUAUUCACUCUCAGAAAUAUUGCUAUUGUUUACAAACUGUUAUUGUAUUAAUCUUAUACAUUGAACAUAUAUUGUGUUCACUCUUGUAUCUGCUAUCUUUACUUGUGUCUUCAGAUAACAUCUUGGGUUACUUCCCUUGUAUUUUUGGACUGCAGUAAUGUUCAUAUUUGUUUAUUAAAUAAAUAGUGAUUUUAGUUUGCUUUCUUGGCAAAAGCCUUCAAGGCUUGUAAAAAAUUAACAGGUCCAUCAUCAUUUAUGCUUGAAGAAAAAAUGGCUUGACUGCAAAGCCAAGCCCUUGGAGACAUAAAUUGAUACAAGUGUUACCAAGUAUACUUGUGGUAACAUGCUUUUCCCCUUACCUGUCAAUACCAUGGCUUGUACCUAUGCUGAAAACUUCCAAACUUGCUACUUGUCUGAACCUCUGAUUUCUAUACAUGUAUAUACUUCUGUAGGUUAUUGAGAAAGCAUCGAAUCUUGAAAUUUAUACUCAGUAUGUAUCAGUGAGAAAAAACAGUAAUAUUGUUAAUAUCAUAUAAUUUUUUGACUCUGUGGGUUAAGUGUGUAGCCUUUAAGAUUGGCUCACAGUACAGAUUUAGAUUUUCAGAUUAAAAACAAUAUGGUUUUUUUGUAUACACAUGUAUUUGUAUAAAAUUUUAAAAUAUGUUAUUGAUAAAUUGAAAUCUUAUUGAGCUUGAUCCAUGCAAGGAAUAUCCAAGAAGUAUGUUAUAGAAACCUCCUAUCUGUCUGUUUUGUACUUCCAAUUAGGAAAACUUGCUGAGUAAUUUUGAAUUUACAUUAAAAUAUUUGUACCUGGAAGUAGUUGUGUUACAGGUAUAACUGUUAUUCUACCAUGUUUGCUAUGUAACGCCAGUUUUGAUUGGUUUAAAACCAUGUAUUAUUUUCCAAUAACCCACGCUCGUGCCAAUAAUACACGGUCGUGAGU